GAGAGGCUUGUUAUUCGAAUCGAUCGGAAUUCUAGAUCACAUGUGAUUCCUACACCGUUACCAGCUGUCGAUCGCAAUCCUAGAUUAAGAGUUAGGCUUUCGGCAUGGCGGCGACGGCGAUUCCGCCACCGGCGUUGAUGGCGGCAGCUCCGGCGGUGGCCGUGCCGGGCGCUGUUUUCCCUAACUCGUCGCUCUACGUCGGCGAUCUGGACGCCGCGGUGGACGAGAGCAAGCUCUACGAUCUGUUCAGCCACGUGGCGCCCGUCGCCUCCGUCAGGAUUUGCAGAGAUGUCACGCGCCGAUCGUCGCUCGGAUAUGCCUACGUCAAUUUCAAUUCUCCGAUCGACGCUUCUAAUGCAAAGGAUGCUUUGAAUUUCACUCAUGUCAAUGGAAAGCCAAUCCGGAUCAUGUACUCUCACAGAGAUCCUAGCCUCCGGAAGAGUGGAUAUGCUAAUCUCUUCAUCAAGAAUUUGGAUCAAGCAAUCGACACAAAGGCGCUCUUCGAGACCUUCUCUGCCUUCGGAACCGUGCUCUCUUGCAAGAUCGCGGUCGACCACAACGAGAACUCGAGGGGCUAUGGCUUCGUGCAGUUCGACAAGGAGGAAGCCGCGCAAAACGCCAUCCAAAGGCUGAAUGGCAUGCUGAUAAACGACAAGAAAGUCUACGUGGGGAUUUUUGUGCGUCGACAGGAGAGAAACCGGGGGAAAGGAUCGCCCAAAUUCACGAACGUUUACGUGAAAAACCUGCCCGAGAGUGCCACGGAUGAGAGCCUUAGGAAAAUGUUCGAAAAGUUUGGAGGGAUCACUAGCGCGGUGAUCAUGAGAGAUGGCAAUGGGAAGUCGAAAUGCUUUGGCUUCGUGAAUUUCGAGAGCCCUGACUCUGCAGCUGCUGCAGUUGAGAAUCUGAACGGAUCCUCAUCGGAUGAUAAGGUGUUGUAUGUUGCAAGGGCUGAGAAGAAGGCGGAAAGAGAGGCGGAACUCAAGUCUCAGUUCGAGCAGGAGAGGAACAGUCGGUUCGAGAAAUUAAAGGGUGCUAACCUUUAUUUGAAGAAUCUUGAUGAUAGUGUGAAUGAAGAGAGGCUGAAGGAACUAUUUUCAGAGUUUGGAAACAUUACAUCAAGCAAGCUCGUGCGUGAUUUGAAUGGACUGAGCAAGGGCUCGGGUUUUGUGGCAUUCGCGAGUCCUGAAGAAGCGACCAAAGCUUUGAAUGAAAUGAAUGGGAAGAUUAUUGGGAGGAAACCUUUAUAUGUUGCAGUGGCUCAAAGAAAAGAUGAAAGGAAAGCUUGGUUGCAGGCACAUUUUGCUCAGACGCGAUCCUCUGGCAGCAUGUCUCCACUUAUGCCGGGGUUCCACUCCACCUCACCGAGGCUUGCUCAUCAGCAAGUUUACUUCGGUCAAGUUGGUCCCGGGCUCAUCCCUCAGACGCCCGGGUAUGGAUUUCAGCAGCAGCACAUGCCCGCUCUACAGCCGGGAGUCCCAUCAAAUUUCGUCUUGCCAUUCCAACUUCAGCAGCAAACUCAGCCCGGUCCCCGCCCGGAUCCUAGGAGAGGUGCAAAUUCUCCACAGCCUCAGCAACAGGUGUACGGAAAUCAAGGUUUCAACAGAUACAUGCCGAAUGCGCGAAACGGCGUCAACCCCUCCAUGGUUCCACAAGGCCUAAUGGGACCAAUGAUGCCACUACCUCUCGAUGCAUCAUCUCCAACAUCGGGAGCUUCUCUAGACGUCCCGAUAUCACUACCAUUGCCUCGACCAACCCUCGCCUCAGCCUUGGCGUCUGCAUCACCGGAAAAUCAGCGCAUGAUGCUCGGCGAACAACUCUACCCUCUGGUCGAGCGUCUUGAGCGCAACCACGCGGGAAAAGUCACUGGCAUGCUGCUGGAGAUGGACCAAACUGAGGUGCUUCACCUGAUAGAGUCACCGGACGCCCUCAAGAAGAAAGUCGUCGAGGCGAUGAACGUGCUCCGUUUGGCAUCGAGCGGGUCCGACAUCAGCGAUCAACUUGGAUCCUUGUCUUAAAACCAAUAAGCAAACCACCCAUUUUUUUGCCUUUGCUAAGGUCUUUAUUUAUUCUAAACUCAAAAUUCUUUUUUUAUGCUGCUUACCUAGCCUUAGUCCCUGUCUAGAUAGAUAUAUUAAUUUCCCUUUCAUCUAUGAUCAAAACUAGUUCAAACUAGUUCAUGUGUUUUGGGUCAAGUUUAUGCUUGCAUACGCCAUUUCGAUUACUUAUAGCAAAAUGUUCGUUCUUGAA